UUCGCUCGCUCCCAGUCGCGGGUGAUAAGCGCUCGGUGUAAGUCGUGUGUGCCUUGUGACAGCUCCCGCGUAAAUACCGUUACGAAUGCGUUAAUUGGAUAUACCAUGAUUAAAAACUACCUUAGAUCGUUUUGUGUGUAACAUAAGUGGAUUUGUCGUGUGUUCCAUUACUCUCGUAUGUGUUUGUGAAACGAGUUUUAUUUUUUUUUGUGGGCAUCUCUUGGAUUUUUCUCCGCCGAGGUUUUUGUGAUGGCGUAGUAUAAUGGAGGGCGAGUGCGCGGAGGGCUGGCUGUUGGUGCGCGUGCACGUGCCAGAGCUGAACGUGCAAAAGAGCUUACAGUUCUCGCGCGAACAGCUCGUCUGGGACGUCAAGCAGCAGUGCCUUGCCGCCUUGCCUAAGGUGGCCACUUGGUAUCGGGAGUUGAAAGAAAGCUUUAAUUAUGGGCUGUUCUGUCCACCGGUCAACGGCAAAGCCGGCAAGUUCCUCGAUGAAGAACGACGCCUCGGAGAUUAUCCUUUUAAUGGACCCGUCGGCUACCUCGAGUUAAAAUACAAACGCCGUGUAUACAAGAUGUUGAAGCUGGACGAGAAGACAUUGAAGGCUCUACACUCGCGAGCCAACCUGAGGCGUUUUCUCGAGCACGUGACACACGGACAGAUAGACAAAAUUACCAAAUCAUGCGCUAAAGGACUGGAUCCCAACUUUCACUGUCAGGACACCGGCGAGACACCAUUAACAAUAGCCGCUGGCCUAAAAUCCCCGGGAAAAGUGUUAAUCGCUCUUGUGAACGGCGGAGCUCUUCUGGAUUACCGAACUAAAGAUGGCAGCACCGCCAUGCAUAGAGCUGUCGAAAAGAAUUCCCUUGAGGCUGUGAAGACUUUAUUGGAGCUCGGCGCCUCCCCGAACUAUAAAGAUGGAAAGGGAUUAACGCCUUUAUACUUGUCCGUAACGAACAAGACGGACCCUUUGCUCUGUGAGACACUGUUACAUGACCACGCCACCAUCGGUGCUACGGACUUACAAGGCUGGCUUGAAGUGCAUCAGGCGUGUCGUAACGGCCUGGUCCAACACCUGGACCACCUUCUCUUCUACGGAGCGGACAUGAACGGUCGUAACGCGUCCGGCAACACGCCGCUCCACGUGUGCGCUGUAAACGCCCAGGACUCCUGUGCGAGACAACUACUGUUCAGGGGCUGCGAUAAAGAGGCUCUCAACUUCGCCAACCAGACACCCUAUCAGGUAGCAGUAAUAGCCGGAAAUUUAGAAUUGGCCGAGGUCAUAAAAAACUACAAGUCGGACGAAGUCGUUCCGUUUCGGGGCCCGCCGCGGUAUAACCCGAAGCGUCGCUCGGCGUGGGGCGGGUGGUGGACGGACCGCGCCGGCGACCGAACCUCGCUGGCCUCCGUGCCCUCCGAGCUGGAGGCGCUCCUAAGGGCGGCUACACACUCGCCGGCCAGCGAGCGCUUCUCGUCCGCCUCGUCGAGCAUCAGCGACGCCAGCCAUCCCAGCCACGAGGACGACGCCAGCAUCCUCACAGAUAAGAGCGCGGACACGAGCGACAUCACGGACUCUAGCGGCGUGGGGACCAGCACCUCGGACACCAUGUGCUCGCUGCAGACCGCGGCCACGGUCGUCUGCCUACAGCCCUACGAGCCCACACACCACGGACAUCUGCGGCUCAACCAGGGUGACAUCAUAGAAGUGACUGGUGCGACAGACGAUGGUCUGCUGGAAGGCUCGGUCCGCGGCUCGACUGGCUCGGGGCUGUUCCCCGCCAGCUGCGUCCAGGAAGUGCGACUCAGGCAGAACGCACACCUUCAUCAGGUGUUGUCCUCGGGACCCAUCCACCACUCGCGCGUCACGGGGAGGAGGGAGAUGGCGCUCAGCAAAACAUACAGCGCGACCGCGCCGAGGAUCAAGAAGACUUAUGGCAAUAUGGAGUCCCGCACGGUGGUGCUCCACCGAGCGAGGCGGGGCUUCGGUUUCGUUCUGCGGGGGGCGAAGGCGUCGUCCCCGCUCAUGGAGCUUCGCCCUUCGGAGCGCUGUCCGGCGCUGCAGUAUCUGGACGACGUGGACGCGGGCGGAGUCGCCGACCGCGCGGGCCUUAAGAAAGGAGACUUCCUUGUGGCGAUCAAUGGCGAGGACGUGUCCGCGGCGUCCCACGAGCACGUGGUGGACCUCAUCCGGGGCUCGGGGGCGCUGGUCGCUAUGACGGUCGUCUCGCUCACCCCAUGCCCUAUCAACGACAACAACCCGGGCGGAGUGCCCGCCAGCAAGUCGCAGAACCAACUGGCGAGCUCCGGCCGGCCCUACGCUGCCACCCUGCCCAGGAAGGCGGCUGGAGGUCGAAGCCCCGCGCCGGCCCCUCCUCGGCGUGAUCCACGGACUACCCUCAGCGUGGGACGAGCCCGGGCCAAAUCCAUGGUGGCGGGAUUGGAAAACGGCGGCGAGAAAGAGGAGAGUGUGGAACCAUUAAGUGUCGCGGGGAAAUCUUCGUCGGCCGAGUCGGUCCAGUUACACGGAAGCAACACGGCCACGCCCGUGUCCGGAACUCCCGUGGCGCCGAGGACGGCGUCCAUACGAGCCCGCCCUGUGUCAGGAAGGAUCACGGCCGCCGAGCUGGAGGAGCUGUUCCAGAGACAGGCGGACGACGAGCAUGUCAACAGUGGCCCGGCCAUGAUGACUCGCUCGGCCUUCCAAGACGGCGGCUGUUCCCCUCCACCGUCCCCCGCGAGGCCGGCCAGGGUGUACGCCUCCGUCGCCGACAUGAAGAGGAACAGAACCAAGCUGUACCGUGAGCCGGCGUCCCUCCGGCGCGAGUUCCACUCGACCCCCGACCUGGCCGCGGAGCCCGACGCCCGCCCGCUCCGCACCAGGUCCAGCGAGGACGUACAUGAGUCACUCCGCGGCCCUCCCCCGUCCGAGGCUCCCCCUCCUCCGCCGGGGCUGCCCGCGUCUUCGUUCCGUCCCUCGUCGGCCGCCAAGCUGUACGCCUCGCCCCGGGACCUCGCGGCCGUCGCUUACAGACCGACCGCGGACACGGGUCGUAAGGCGGCGGGUCCGCGCGCCUGGUCCCGCGGCGCCCGCGCCCUGUCCGCGGACGCGGCGACCCACCAGUACGCUCAGCCGGUCAUGAACAACACCUUCGCCAGACAGAACUCCACGCCAGCGCCUCCGAUCCCCGAACCGGACUACAGCAUGUCGGAGUCGGACGAGGAGACCGCCAAGACUAAGAUCGAAGCGACCACCGUGACCGAGACCAGCGCCAACAGCAACACGAGCGGCAGCAGCUCCGGCUCCGGCUCCAUGCAACACUCGUUCUCCGUGGACGAGAUACAGAAGAUCCGUACGAGGCUGAAGUCGUCCAAGUCCUGCGGGGACGAACUCGGGGCGGGCACGGAGCGGGAGCGAGACGACGGCGACAACUCGUCGUCCGGCGUGUCGUCCGACCAGGAGGCCGCGCGGCCUCCGCGGCGGGACAAGGUCUCGUUCUGCAGCUCGGUGACCGUGAAGUCCUCCAACGACGUCAUUAGCACCGAGCCCGUGCACAGCUCGUCCGAGAGCCUCGCGCCGCCGCCCAUGAGGAGGCACAAUUCGCUGACCCGCAAGCGAGCGGCCGCGGCCCUGCUGCGGGGAGCGGCGCGGGGCGCGGGUGGCGCGCGCUCGGCGGCCGAACGGCUCGGGGUGGACGUGGGCAAGGCGCCUGGGCGGCGCGCCCGCGGCGUGUCGCUGGCCGAGCUGCCGCCGCCGCCCGAGGAGCCGGCCGCGGAGGACGCCGCGCCGCCCGUACUGGCGCCGCCGCCGCAAUUCAGCGACCGAGUGCGUGUGGUCGCCGCGCUGCCCAAACUCGCCCACCUCCAGUAGACGCCGUCUCCAUGGACUCGAGUUCCCCUUCAGCAGCAACCCGUCUCCAGCGAAGCCCCGCGGCCGCCGGUCGUCGCGUCGGUCGCUCGAGUUCUUCUCUCUUUCUAUUUUAACCAGAUCGCUCGCCCUCUCCUGUCGUGGUCCGCUCUCGUAUACUCUGCCGUAUCCGGCCGGGCGUCCGGGAGGGCCGAGCCGCGCAGUGAGCGUAGCACUUUUUGUAAUCAAAUGACUAAAUGAAACCAAAGAUUUAUAGUAUUUAUUGUUGAGGAGUUAACAUGAUAUAGUUGAAGCUAAUUUUUAUACAUUCCCUUACUCUCUGUAUUAUUAUACUCUGCCCCCCCCCCCCCGGGCGGCGGGACAGCUCGUUGUUAUUAUCUGUAGUCUCCGAAGUGUCAAACUCGAUCGUUUUCAAUAUUUUAUUUCUCCAACUUUCCAACGCAACCAAGUGCCAUCGUGUCUUUGAGUUAUUUUAAUAUUUUUAUAUGUAUUUGUAAAUAUUUACGAGAGCUAUUUUGUUGAAAGAGUGGACGAUAUACUGUACAUACAAAAAUGCAUCCGGCCAGCAAAAGCGAUAUAUGUGAAGUUUUAAACGCAUCAUAUUUAUAAAUUAAUAUAUUUAUUUUAUUUAAAUUAUAUUUAAAAUGGAAAUGAUAUAAUUUAUUUAUUAGUUUCGUCCACGUGUAACGAGUAGUCCACUCUUUUGGCGGGUUUUUAAUAACGUGUAUAAGGCGGACGCCAUCUUGAAUGUGUUCUCUGAAGUGCUCAUUAUUGAAUGCUUUGUCGCGUCAUCCGUUCCAAUAUUAUGUACAUUUUUUAUAUUAGCCUGUCUGUAGCGUGGUUUCAAUUGUGUCUUCAAAAACUACCCUCCAAUACAAGAGGGAAGGCGGAAAACAUCACUUGCAUAAAAUAAACCCACACAAUGCUCACUAUAUUGAGAUCACGUUACAAGACGGAUGUUAUAUUUUACGAAUAUAUUGCACAGCAACAUUGAGUGUUGUGCUCAGGUCGUGUGCGUCUCGUGUUUCACACAUGAAGCGGGCUGCGGAAAUAUUAUUUACAAAAAGAAGACAUGACGUGUUGAAUUCAUUUUCGUGUCGAAAAUUUAUAAAACUGUCAAUUGUUCUUGAAAGAUUGAUAUUCCUUUACAGAGUCGUGAGAUACGUUUGACUAUUUGAAUCGAUCAGCGACGUAUUCAUUACGGACUGAUCUGUCAGCUACGGCCUAUAUGAUACAGUUUACAGAAUAUAUAAAAGUUUUAGGUGAUGUAGAAGGUAAUCAGUCUCCAAGGACUCGAGGCACGCAGCGAUGCUUUCUUAGUUCACAGUCCACUGCCUACAAGCCGCCUCCAUCUCGCCGGUCGCACGCGGAUCGUUUCCCAACAUAUAUAUUACAAACAACUCGACAUAUAACAGGCCUGGAUAUUUUGCAAUUGACGUCGACUCGUUGGCGGUAGAAUUUAGGAAUUGCCAGUAAUGGAAUUAUUUACACUUUCUAGAUCCGAGCGCACACAGGGCCGGAUGUUUACGUUAUUUCAAUAACGAUUUUGAUAAAUAUACAAUUUAAACGAUUAUAGCUCGGUAAUACUAAGAAUCUUAAAAUGUUUGUGAUGCAUAGACUCGACGGUAUGAGAAUUGAAAUACAUACAUAAACGGGUUAGACUUUUUUGGACGUAGAAAUCGUCCCCCUCUGUGUGUACUCGGGGUAAUGUUAGCCAAAAUUCUAGCGAUUUAAACUAGAUCGAGUCGAUUAUUUUAGCGGGUUGACGUAAAGCCCUUGUAUUAUUAGCACAAUCAAUUGAUUUUCAUUAAUUAUUAUUGAGUUAUAUCUUCUUGUCAUUAAUUUAAGUUGUAUAAAUGUAUUGUCUACUUAAGGCAUAGAUAGGUAGUGGUAAUUAUAUUAGGGAAAUAUCGAUGAUUCUAGAUGUAACGGACGGACUGUACGGCGGGUUCUAGCGGCGGACGUACGUUCAAUAGGAAGCUGUCCGCGCUGUCGCGCUUGAAUAUUUAAAGUUUUUAACAACUCCCCAGGUAUAUCCGCCGCUGGACCCCGCCGCAUUUUAUAUGUACCACCAAUAGUUUCGUUUGAAUCUCAGUACCGGUCGUGUGACAGCAACUUGGCAUACUUUCAAACAAAAUAAAUGUUUCAUCACUA